GGUCGUGAGGGUAGGAAGCUAGGGUUAGAGGCAGCCGGUGAGGCUAGAGCCCCGAGCGAGGUCGGUUGGAGCAAGUAUGUCUGUCCGGAGGCACAUUGGGAAUCCUGAGUAUUUGACCAAGAGGAUACCACAGAACCCAAGGUACCAGCAUGUCAAGUCAAGACUGGACACCGGUAACAGUAUGACUAAAUACAUUGAGAAGCUAGAGGAGAUCAAAAAAAAUUAUAGAUACAGAAAAGAUGAGCUUUUCAAGAGACUGAAAGUUACAACUUUUGCACAGCUGGUCAUCCAGGUUGCUUCCCUCUCCGAUCAGUCGGAUCAGACCCUGGAAGUGACCGCCGAGGAGAUUCAGAGGCUAGAAGACAGUGAUUCUGCAACGCCGGACCCUGAGGCUGAAGUCACUCCCAGGACCAACGGGGAAGGGAGCCCGGGUGAGCAGCCCCCGAGCCCUGUGCAGUUCACCAACAGUGUGGGAGCAGGAGACUCCAGCCGCUCAACUCUCCAGAGCGUCAUCAGUGGUGUUGGGGAGCUGGACCUGGACAAAGGGCUGGUGAAGCGAGCAGAGCCCAGCACCAAAGACAGGCCUUACCCCGACUGCCCCUUCCUGCUGCUGGACGUGCGCGACAGAGAUUCUUACCAGCAGUGCCACAUCGUCGGAGCUUACAGUUACCCAAUUGCAACCCUGUCCAGAACAAUGAACCCUUAUUCAAAUGAUAUUCUUGAGUAUAAAAAUGCCCACGGCAAGAUCAUCAUUCUCUACGAUGACGACGAGAGACUGGCCAGCCAGGCGGCCACCACCAUGUGUGAGCGGGGUUUUGAGAACCUCUUCAUGCUUUCUGGAGGUCUGAAAGUCUUAGCUCAGAAAUUCCCGGAAGGACUGAUCACUGGUUCCCUGCCGGCCUCUUGCCAGCACGCACUGCCUCUCGGUUCUGCUCGGAAACGACCCAGCCCCAAAGCACCGCCCUCCCCGGCUGAGAAUAAGUGGAGAUUUACUCCAGAAGACUUAAAAAAGAUAGAAUAUUACCUGGAAGAGGAUCACGGCCCUGCAGACAAUCCCAGCCGACUGAACCAAGCCCACUCCUUUGGAAGAGACUCCAAGGUGCCUGGUGCCCGCAGCGGCCAGAACCUGCCUGCCGGGAGCCCUGCCGGCCACCCGAUCCCCCGCUCCGUCGGCAGCGGCCACCUACAAGGCAAACCCUGGAAGUGAAGACUUUGCCCUGCUUAGUCAAAUAAAUGUUUUCCCUCCUUGUGGACCCCUGAGCACUGCCCACAUUGGUCAUUUUCAGAAACUGCUGCCGAGGAAAGAGCAGGACACGUGGGAUAGGCCCUCCUGCCUCUCCCCGUCUCCAGCCCCUCUCCCCCCAGCCAGCUCGGGAGGGAUUUUGACAGGUGACCACAAAAGCCAGAGGCGUGACAGGCUCUAGUGCGCUCGCUCUUGUUUACAGAAUCCUGAAGUCUUUUGAAGCUGAGUAGGAGAAAAGGAUCUGCCUUCCUAAUAAGGCCCAGCUUGUCCGAGCUGUAUCCUGUUAUUUGUAAAUGCUUCGGCCGCAGCUGCUGCCCGACUGGUUUUUUUCAUUCGCUGUUCUUGAGUUCAGGCAGGACUCUCGAGGUAGGCUUGGUGUGGGGAGUCGUCCCCAGCGGGUGCCAGCCGCCCAUGGGCCCAGCCCCAGUGCGGGCCCUCUGGCAGGGCGCUGCCUGCCCCACAGCCCUGCUAGGAGUUCGGCCACAGGCACCCAUGAGCAUCACUUGCUCCCAUGACCUAGAGAAGCUCUGCGUUCGCUGAACGCUCCCCCCUCGUCUGAUGUUUCCCUGGAGCCUGCCAGGCUUGCGCCUGCAGCUGUGCGGAAAAAGGCGUCUCCAGGAACGCCUGGCCAUUGUCCCGGCCUGGGCGAAGCACCUCUGGGGACCCGCCACUGAACUUCCCUGUGGUUAGUAUCUCAGUUGUCAAUUUCCCAUGGCCAGCUCAGGUCCGUCCCUGGGUAGAUGGCCUCCAGGAAUCGCCCCCUUGGGUGGGCGACCGAGAACACGCAAGGUGAGGAGGACUCUGGGCCCUUUGUUGGGGCCAACAACCUCUUAAGCCCUUGCUUAAAAAUACAGUAUUAGUCUAAUUGAGUAAUUAGUGCAAUUUCCUGCUUACUUUUCAUUCUCAUGACUGAGCUGUGAUUAGGAGGCUGUGAUUAUAGAUUCUGGUUUUGGCCGGAAUUUUGAAUCAGCAUUGAUUGAAUUGCUGGGUGGCUGACAUUCAUUCCGCGUAAUUGGGGGACCAGGAGACCUCAGGUGAGGAUGAGGCGCUCCGAAGUCCUAACGGAAGAGGAAAAGAGCCAUGUUAAUUUUUACGGCCUGCGAUUGGAGCCGUGAUAAGGGGCUAAGGAAUAAAUUGUGCUCUUUGUCAUGGCAACCAGCUUCUGAAAAUCGCCUGUCCUUGGGUGGUUACGCCGCUGGGCCAGCUUUGCCUCACAAGCACUAUUUUCUCACCACCCCAAAAAGCAGGAAAAAAGGCACCACAGUAUUUCCAGCAUGGGGGCUGUGUUUGCAAGAGAAAUAAACGUAAUAAAUAUCUCACAGAGACAUAUGGAAAAAUCACUCUCAGACUGAGCCCAGUGCUGUUUUAGGGUAUGUUUAUUCUUCUCUACUUGAUUUCCAAAGCGCAACAUUUUCCGAUGCUUUAGAAAUCAAACAAACCGGGGACAUUGUUCAGAUGUCAAGCCGUGCCCAAUUUUCCACAAGAUUCAAGAAUCUUGUAUAAAAUGCAGCCAACGUACACAUAGCUUUAAUGAGGAGCCUGUCAUGUUUCCCCAUAAAUUUAUUGCCUGAGAACUUAGUUCAGCCUUUUGCUAAUGCCAGAACGCUCUGGAUUUUAUUUUCUUUACAGCAUAGAUAGAAAAAAAAAAUGCAAAUUUUUCCACAUUCAACUUUCCCCUCGCAUGGACAAGAUUUUCAGCCAUUUUGGAUGCAUAUACAUUUCUUAAGGAAAAAAAAAAUAUUUUUCCCUGUACCAAAGUCCUGGUUAUGCCAUCUUAAAGUAGACCAACCAGGGGUUCGAUUUCUCUGCCCGGUUCUGUUUUGAAAGUAACUGAUAUAGUCCCCAAUUUGUUCCUGUUCAGCGUCCCCACCUUCGUUAGGGUGUCAGAGCCUACCACUGUACACAUGCAGAGUCAGUUUAGCCGAACCUUUUAGUGUUGCUGUGUCCGUUUAGAUGAGAGCUCUGGCAUGUUGAAUCCCUCUCCGGGAAGAUUUUAAAUAACCACACCUCAAAAGACUCACUGUGGUUCCUCUCUGUGUGUGUUAAAAGUUCCUGUCAGGCGUUUUUUACACACUUGGCAUUACUUUUACAGCUCCAUGAUGCUAGCUUCUUCAUUAGAUUAUUUGACAUGUAGUACUUGAAUGAUCGGCUAUGCCGUGUGCAAUUGCGAGUGUCGAAGAUUAAAGUGCGCAGUU